CAACCACUCAGGGCAGACGGGCACUGGAGCAAAAUAUUCAUCCCCACUUAACAUGUCAAUCAGGAUUAAUGCCCUUACAAACCUCCCCUAUAGGUUCAUCCAGGUCCUUUGACUGGUGGAAGCACCGAAGCCAGGACAGAGGCGCUAAUAUAUAAGGCAGGACGGGACCGCGGCACCAAAGCCCAGCGGCUUCAGUAGCGCGCACCACGGAGCGUCGCCCGGACUCGCGUUUCACGUCUCUGCGUCUCCGGCAGCGGCUGACAGGCGUAAUGACCGAUCACUCACACAUUUCCAGAGCGUGAUGCCCGUCGACUGACAUGUCAGAGCUCCUCGAAGUCGCGCACUCUUUCCUGUUCAACCUGCCCUCGUCGGUGGACGACCCAUGCAGCAGUUUCUGAGGCUGCACAUGAGACUGUUUGCAUGCGGCUAAACUUGCAGGAGCUCACAAGUCGCCGUUUCUGCGCCGCUGGAGGAGAUUCUGUUGCGCACGUAAACUUGCAGCGCGUAAAAAAAAAAAAAACAACAACAACAACACACACACAAGUUAGACUUGUCGGCUGCGCGAGCGCGAGCACUUCCCGAGAUGGAGUUGAAGAGCGCGUGUCGUAUGUUUCUUUUCCCGGUUCAGAUGCUCUACUACAUAAUCAGGGCGAGUUUGCUCUCGCUGUUGCCAGGCAGAAGGAAGGAUCUGACCAAGGAGGUGGUAUUGAUCACCGGUGGGGGACGAGGCAUCGGGCGUCACCUGGCCAAAGAGUUUGCCAAGCAGGGGGCCAGAAAGGUGAUCUUGUGGGGCCGAACAGAGAAGUGCCUCAAAGAAACGGCUGAAGAAAUCUCCCUCUCAGGAACAGAGUGCCAUUACUUCCUGUGUGAUGUGGCCAAUCGGGAGGAAGUUUACAAGCAAGCCAAGGUGGUUAGAGAAAAGGUCGGAGACGUUACGAUAUUAGUGAACAAUGCAGCUGUUGUCCACGGCAAAAGUCUGAUGGACAGCGACGACGACGCCCUUCUGAAAUCCCAACACAUCAACACCAUGGGACAGUUUUGGACCACAAAGGCCUUCCUGCCUCGGAUGCUGGAGCUGCAGCACGGCCACGUCGUGUGCAUAAACUCCAUCCUGUCCCAGUCGCCCAUCCCUGGGGCCAUAGACUACUGCACCUCCAAGGCCUCGUCGCUGGCCUUCAUGGAGAGUCUGACGCUGGGCCUGCUGGACUGUCCUGGCGUUGGCUGCACCACUGUGCUUCCCUUCCACACCAACACAGAGAUGUUCCAGGGCAUGAGAGUCAGGUUUCCCCAGCUCUUUCCACCUCUCAAACCUGAGGUUGUUGCCCAGAGGACCGUGGAUGCAGUCAGAGCUGACAAGGCCUUCCUCUACCUGCCCUGGACUAUGCAUGCCCUUGUCUUUCUAAAAAGCUUCAUGCCACAAGUUGCACUUGAAGAAAUCCACAAGUUUUCUGGGAGUUAUACCUGCAUGAACACGUUCAAAGGGAGGACAUGAACUCGGCUGCACACAACGUGAGAGCGACCUCAGCAGCUCUGCGGUUUAAUGAAGGGAAUAUGGACCUUAAGGCAUCUGGAAGUGGAGGAGGCCCCAUGAUAGUGUGAAGACAGACACUUAGCGGACAUGAAGGUGGUUGCUUCUGCAGGUAGAAUUAAUUGACAAACUGCAGGAUUCACCCUGGUCCCAUUUGUAUGUGUGUGCGUUUAUGUAUAGUAUGGAGAACUGACUGCCAUUCUCACUUUGAACAGAAGCCAUGCGUAGCUCUGUACCAGUAGUUAUUCUGGGAGUUUUUUGUGACACUUGUUUUAGUCUGUUUUUACACGUCUUUUUUAUUCUCCUUUUAAUGUGUCUUUGAAUCAAAACAAGAUAAUAAAAUGGAGUUUUAGA